ACGAGGCCAGCAACUCCUCCGCCAUGCAGACCUUGCUAGCGACGCUCCUAUUGGCCGCCACGGCGACUGCGGCGAGGAACCUCACCUUCCCCGACGGCUUCCUGUUCGGCACAGUCAGCGCGUCCUACCAGGUCGAGGGCGCCUGGAACCUGAGCGGCAAAGGGGAGAACAUCUGGGACCGGCUGAUCCACACCAGGCCCGACUGCAUCGCGGACCGCGACAACGCAGACGUCGCCGCCGACUCCUACCACAAGUACAAGGAGGACGUGCAGCUCAUCAAGAACAUCGGGUUCAAUUACUACCGGUUCUCCAUUGCAUGGCCCAGGAUUCUACCCAAAGGAGACUUGUCCGUCAUCAACCAGGCGGGCAUCGACUACUACAAUAAUCUCAUCAACGAACUGCUGGCAAAUGGCAUCUUCCCUGUUGUGACCAUUUUCCACUGGGAUCUUCCCCAGUAUCUUCAAGACCUAGGAGGAAUGAUGAACUCGAUAAUAGUGGACUACUUCGAGGACUAUGCGAGGCUUUUGUUCACACAUUUUGGUGACAGGGUGAAGUGGUGGAUAACGUUCAACGAGCCGUACACGAUCCUGUACGGGUACCGCAGCCAGUGCUUCGCGCCGGGGCUCUUGGUGUGCGGGGUCGGCGAGUACCUGGUCAUCCACAACCUGCUCAAGGCGCACGCCAGGGCCUACCACCUGUACGACGACGAGUUCCGGAGCACGCAGAAAGGUAAGAUUGGCAUGGCCUUGGGCACAACAAUGGCUGACCCAAAAACGCAAUCACCAGCUGACAUCGAAGCAGCGGAACUUUACCAGCAGUUCACGCUGAACUGGAUGGCCCACCCAGUCUACAGCAAGAAAGGUGACUACCCAGACAUCGUGAAGGAGCGUGUUUACAACAAAAGCAUGGCGGAAGGACUUCGCAGGUCAAGACUUCCGAAGUUCAGUGAAUACUGGGUCAACUACAUCAGAGGAACACACGAUUUCUACGGCAUGAACUACUACAGCUCCAACCUAGUGAGCGCACCCAAUUCAACCACCAACAGCUCCGUGAUCAGCCUGGAGAACGACAUGGGCAACCCUGUGGUGGGCAACGACCCGAGCUGGAUUGUGGGACCAAAUCCAGACUUCGCGUACUCACCCAAGGACAUGAGGAAGGUUCUGAACUGGGUGUGGAAAAAUUACGACGGUGUCGAUAUCCUCAUCACGGAGAAUGGCUGGAGCGACCACGGAACGCUGAAUGACGACAUGAGAGUUCGAUAUUUCGCGAACUACAUGGCCGGGAUACUGGACGCGAUACACCUGGACAACAUCACAGUUCUCGGCCACUCGGCGUGGAGCAUAGUGGACACGUUUGAAUGGGCCACUGGCUACACUGUGCGGUUUGGCCUUCAUCACGUGGACUUCAACAGCCCGAACAGAACAAGAGUAGCAAAGGAGUCCACCAAAUACUUCGCUGAUAUCAUAAAGAAUAGAACAGUGCCUGCAAAAUAUUUGGAUUAAAAAGAACUUACUUCCACAAACUAUAAACUACAAGUGACGUGUUUUUGUAAAAAUUAGUUUAUUAAAUUUUUUUCAAAUA